AUGCUGCCGGCCAGCGAUGCGGUCCUUGCGGCCUCGCCCGCGGCUUCCGCAGGCACCCUUUCAGAGCUUGGUCCUCAGGAUCCAGCCAACUUCGCUUGGGCUUGCGCGACGCUGGGGUUUGAAGAAGUGGUUCCGCUUGGCGGAGCGGUGGAGGCUGCCAUGUCCAGAGCAUCAGACUCUUCCCCGCAGAACUUGGCCAAUGCAGCCCGGGGCUUUGCAGCGCUUCUGCUGCUGGGUCUGGCCUUGGUUGAUGCCACUGGCACAGCUGGCACUAUGCACUUGCGCCCGGAUCUGUGCGAGAGCGACGUCUCCAUCAGCUUGACGGGAAUAGUUUGGGCCUUCCAUUUCGUUGACCUCUUGGACGAAGGUUUCUACAGUCAGGUACGUUCCUUCCUGCGAGCCCGGGGUCGACAGCUGGAUGCAAACAACACUGGAAGAAACUGGCAUCCAGCAACUGUGGCAGAAGGGCGCUCGGUGAGCUCCGUCCCGGAGAUCGUGGUUGACUUACCCGACCGUUUUGUGCUCUUCAAACCUCCAGGCUGGGAGGUGGAUACGACAGACGCAGGCAAAGGGAAGCACCUGUCCGAGUUCGUGCAGGAUCUCGGAUGCCCCAUCUUCCGUGAUGCCGAGCACGGUUUCGGAUUGCUGCAUCGCCUCGACACCCCCAGCUCGGGCCUGAUCUUGACGGCAAAGAGCUUCGAGGCUUUUUACGACCUGAAGCUGACCGACAGCAUAUUGUUUGUCGAAGAUGUUUUUAAUUGUUGGCUGCUCGUUUCUGUGAGAGGGCUGUGCGUUACGGGAAAGGAGGCCAGUAUCAUGCUCAAAGGCUCACACCGGGCCGAAGCUGUGCGGUGUGCUGACGAUGAUUUCUGUGCCCCGGUUACUUACAUCCCAGGGGACCUUUGCAACUACAGAGUUUCCGCGCUGGAUUCCACGCUGGGUAUGUUGAAGAUCAUGUUCCAGCGGGACGAAGGAACCAUAAGGAACCUCAUCUCGUUUCUGCCCUUGACCAUGUGCGGCAAGGUUGGUCUCGGUCGAGCCACGCCGUGCGGGCCACCGAAGGGCAAGAGGCCACUGAAGAGCAAGGCCUCAGCGUUGCAGUUGUCGGUGCUGGACCUGUUGGGCUCCUUACGGCCCUGGCGCUGGCACGGCGCGGUUUCCGCAAGGUUCGGGUGCUCGAUCGCUUGCCGGAGCCGCCGAGCCCUGAUGCUGCAGUGUGGGGAGAUCCAGAUCGCUCCUACAAUUUGGGGAUUGGAGGCUGUCGCUUGGAGUUUGAUGGGCAUGUUCCGGCGCCGCGGGCAGCGGGCUUUGGCCAAAUUCGGGGCCCUGGAGCGUGUUGACCGAUGGAGCCAGACUGUGGUCGGCCGCAAGGACUGGUCAGGCGAGGGCGAGCCAAAAGUUACGAUCAACAAGCGGCGGUUCCUCACGAAAGUCAUCGCAAGAGACCGCCUCUCAAGCUGCUUGUACGAGGAGCUGCGCGAGAUGUGGCCAGAUGUUGAAGUCCAAUUCUCCAAAGAGUGCACCGCCGUGGACUUCUCCACUCCUCGGCCGCGACUCUCGCUUCGGAAUUGUGGAGCCCAGGAGGCCGAGGAGGGCUGCGCUUUGGCUGAGAUGGGGCUUCACCAGGCGCCGUAA